AUGUGCACAGCAGCAGCAGCAGCAGCAACAGCAACAGCAGCAGAAGCAGCAGCAAAAGCAGCAGCAGGAUCAGCAGCAGAACGAACUACUCGGAGUGUAUCGGGAGUUGCAUGCAUUUUGUUCAAAAGAAAUUCAAUUUGUAUUUUUGCAUGCGGUGGUCUUCUGCUGUCGUUAGAAAUUGCCUUGUGCUUCAGCAGCCUUAUAGGCACCUCCAUCUGCAGCAGCAGCAGCAGCAGCAGCAGCAGCAGCAGAAGCAGCAGCAGCACAAGCAGGAGCAGAAGCAGCAGUAGGAGCAGUAGUAGUAGUAGGAGUGCCAGCAGCAGUGUCAGUGGCAGCAGAGGAGGGAGAGUCGCAGAAGCUGCAGCAGCAGCAGCAGAAACAGCAGCAGCAGCAGCAAGCAGCAGCAGUAGCAGCAGCAGCAGCAGCAGCAAGUACCUCAGUGCCAUCAUCAUCGAUCUCGAAGACACAGGAAUGAAGCCCUUGUGA